AUGUGCCUACCUCCCGUGCACCGCUACAUUCCCACCUACAAGUACUGCACCCUCGACGCCGCACGUGGCGAGGUCAACCUCGUCGUCUUCUCGGCGCUCAACGACCUGUUCGCCAAGACGGGCAUCAGCCCUGGCGCCAUCGACAUCGUCGUCGUCAACUGCAGCCUCUUCUGCCCCACACCGUCCUUCGUGGACAUGAUCAUAAACUGGUACAAGAUGCGCAGCGAUGUCCGCAGCGUGCACCUCUCCGGCAUGGGGUGCAGCGCUGGGCUCAUCUCCGUGGGGCUUGCCAGGAACCUCCUUCAGGUCGCUCUGAAAGGCGCGCACGCGCUGGUUGUCUCCACCGAGACCAUCACGCCCAACUACUAUGGUAGCGAGCGCGCUAUGAUCCUGCCCAACUGCUUGUUCCGCAUAGGCGGCGCCGCGGCAUUGCUGUCGAACUCCCCUGCCAAGGCAAGGUUCCGCCUAAAGCACGUCGUGUGCACGCUAACCGCCGCCGCGCAGGACAGUGCGAACAUGUGCGUGUUCCAGCAAGAGGACGACAACGGCAUCGUUGGCAUCAACCUGAACAAGGACCUCAUGACCAUCGCUGGGAAUGCGCUUAAGGCCAACAUCACAGCCAUCGGUCCCCUCGGCCACGGAGCAGCUCCGAUUCGCCCUCUCCUUCAUCGCGUGGAAGGUGCUCAGCGGCAAGUUCAAGCCGUACAUCCCCGACUUCCACAAGGCCUUCGAGCACUUCUGCAUCCAUGCGGGAGGGCGUGCCGUCAUCGACGAGCUGCAGCGUAG